AUGCCUACAAGCAUUACUACCCGGCAAUGGUACCCAAAGGUGUACGCGGACGAGUACACCAAUACCCAACUCGACAUUGCAACCGAUGCUAUUAUCCCUGGUCAGAUAAGCACUAUUGCUAUCGACUGGAUGAUACAGGCCGAAGAGAACGGAGACUUUGACAUCAUGCUUAUUCAAGACUUCCAAGAGACAUUUGCAGGAUGGUCUCUCAAUCAUUUCAAUGCAAUGGACAUGCGAGUCCGUACAGCAGUCAAGAACAUACUCCGCGACCGAGGUGUCUACAUCGAGAAGAACAGCCGCAACACCAUCGCACAACAGCUAGUCAAUCUCCUUAGCCUUACACGCUCUCCCGACUGGCCCAUUGACGAGCUCAACGUUAUGCGACUCAACCCAGACUUCAAAUGCCGACAGAUAGCAGAAGAGGCACAACACGCUAGAACAACUCAACAAAGCAGCAACCCGCCAACUCAAAGCGCCAGUAUAAACUAUGCGCCAUCUCCUGCUCAGGCAAACGUAACAGCCCUCACCAACCUCGCAAAGGUAUACAGUGAGGAGGAGAAGUUCAGUGGCGACAAGUAUGACGUCCUCGACAACAAGAUAGUCAUCUUUAAAGACCAUUGCGAAAAGGUUGGCAUUACGACACCAGCACAGUACAAACUUGCAGUCUCUACUAUGCUUAGAGGCAAGGCCUCAGCAUACUACUACAACUACAUUGCUCCACUCAACCUAGACUACGACAGCAUUAUCAAGAAACUAGGGGAGUACUUUCACACGAGCGAGAACUACCAAAUGUUCUUAAGUGAGUGGCGCACCAUUAUGCUGAAAGACGUCAUCGCCAACAACCCCGACAAGACACUCACCCAGUGUCUCGACAUAGUCAUCGACAAGCUCCAGCUGCUGCACCAGGCAAUGACUCAACAGAAUGGACCAAGCGAGCUCGCUCUUACAAGCCAACUUAUUGCUGCCUGUCAAGGCGUCGAAGCAUGUAGCGCAGUCCUUAUCCGCCCAGCUUCAACCUUUGAAGCCGUUGCCUCAGAACUCCGCAACGCUGUCGGCAACUGGACGCGCUGCCAUCCGCGCUCACAGUUCAACUGCGAGGAGUCCGAUCCGAGCGAAGACGCGUUCUACACAAACCGCCGAUACAACCGCAACGAUAGCGGACAACGCGACAAACCGCGCAACUAUAGCGCACAAGGCCAAGGCGAAGGAUCCCGCAACUACAACCGCGGAGGAUCCCGCUUCCAACGCAGCUUACCCCGAUCGCAGUACAACGAUGAUACACAGCGCCGCAAUAACAGGAAGUGCUACGUCUGUAGCAAGCCAGGCUGCUGGUCAACUCGUCACUCUAGAGAAGAGCGAAAGGAAGCGCAACAACGUUUCCGGACGUACGUGCAGACCCGCAACGUCGAUAUAGACUACGAAGCUUUCCUUGCCCAGUUUGAGGGCAUUGACCUUAAUGACGACGACGAUAACGGCGGCACGGACGAAGAACUCGACGCGUUCUUCAACAACGACCAGUUUGAUACAAAGCACCAGUUUCUCACUGCUACCUGCGGUGCAGUUGAUGGAGGAACAAUGGUACGCAACCUCAACAACGCCGCCGCUCUACACGCGAUCACGAAGAUCGACCCAUACGCCGGCAACGACAUUGCCAAAGAGGCAAGCCACCUCUUCACACUCGAUCACCGGUACGGGCGCGAGCAGUUCCAAGGCAUCAUGCCAGACACCGGCGCGGCCGGAGUGUCUACAGCAGGCAAGCAACAGGUUACAGCGUUACACCGCAUCCAACCGUUAUGGAUUGACAAGUCAACUGCUGGCCGACACCGGAUCCGAUUUGGGGAUAACCCGGAGUGUGUUUCUAUCGGCGACGUCAACGUCCAGACACCCGUUGGAGUGAUUAGGUUCGCUGUAAUGCCUACUAACACACCGUUCUUACUCUGUCUUGAUGACAUGGACCGCCAUGGCAUCUACUUCAACAACGUCGACAAUACGCUAGUUCAUCAGUCCAAGGAGUACCCAAUUGUCCGCAAGUGGGGGCAUCCAUGGCUUCUUCUCAACAAGCAGGAGACUGCCACCCACUAUCUCACCGAAGGAGAACUCCAGCAACUCCACCGACGUUUUGGGCAUCCAGCCGCCGCACGCCUCUACAAAGUCCUAGUAAAGGCAGGCCACGACGACAUUGACAAGACGCUAAUUGAUGAGAUUAACAAGUUCUGUCAUCAGUGCCAGAUAACUGCUAAAGCACCAGGCCGAUUCCGCUUUACUCUACGCGAUGACAACCUCGACUUCAACUCCCGCGUCAUCGUCGACAUUAUGUACAUUGACAGUAAACCAGUCCUCCACGCCGUUGACGAAGCAACUGCUUUUCAAGCCGCCCGCUUUCUUAUAGACAUAAAAGCAAGCACAACAUGGGACACGCUGCGCGCUAUGUGGAUUGACAUGAUUAUGGACCGACUGUCUUUCCCUAAGGUCUCUAUUGUCGCAUGCACGGAUUCACGAUCCUUGUACGACUGUCUCGUCAAACUCGGCACUACUAAGGAGAAACGUCUCAUGAUAGACAUCAUGGCAUUGCGCGAGGCAUACGAGCGCAACGAUCUCAUGGAUAUCCGCUGGAUUGACGGCAGAGACAACCCAGCAGAUGCGAUGACAAAGGCAGCGAGCAACUCUGCUUUAGAGCAUCUCAUUGACACCAACGAGCUCGAACUUCGUGUACAGGGAUGGGUGAAUCGCGACACCACAGGCAUCGAGCCUACGAACAAGCCAGGCACCAAGCCUACGAACAAGACAGGCACCGAGCCUACAGACAAGACAGGCACCGAGCCUACAAACAAGACAGGCACCGAGCCUACGAGCGAUGGCACCGAGCCCACGAUUGAUUGUGGUGAGAACUGAGACGGACACACAUGCACACACACACAAGGGAUGAAUGGGUUGCAUGUAUUUGCGUUAGCCGGAAUAGGAAACUAGAUACUUUUCUAGGAGCAGGAUAUUGUAGCAGAUUCGGGGUACUUGGGAGCUGACUGUACGCCGUCACAAAAAGAAGAAAAGCCAGUGUCGGAACAUGCGCGUACAGCCAGCCCGGCGAGUUUUUCCGGGCCGGAAGCUUGGACCACUAGUUAGACCAAGCUUCCCGCUUAGCUCGCAACCGUACAUAUGGAGAUCUCUCCAUCCAGCUCUUGCUCACUACUAAUCAAAUACUAUACACUUUGUUCGUUGCAACGACUGCUAGUAUUCGACACCUUUGCCGUGUCAUCAGAU